CUCUCUCCCUCCCCGGGGCUGAGCGGGAGGGGAUGGAGCCGAGGGCCGCGGCGGUCCCGGGCCCGAGUUUGGGGGUGAAGGCCGAGCCUGGAGGUACCCCGGACCCAGGCCUCGGCCUGUGGCUGUGGAGCUGGAAUGUAAACGGGAUCCGUGGCUCACGUUUCAGCCACAAACUGGAGGAGAAUCAGCGCCACAAUCAGCCCCGGAUCAUCUGCCUCCAGGAGACGCGAGUCAGCAGAGAUUCUCUGGACGAACCAACAGCGAUAACUGAAGGCUAUAAUUCAUAUUUCAGCUUCUGCAAGACUCGUAGCGGAUACUCAGGAGUCGCCACUUUUUGCCAGGAUAGUGCUACGCCCUUCGCUGUGGAAGAAGGUCUCUCGGGCAUUCUCAGUCACUGGACUGGGGAGGUGGGCUGUUAUGGCAAAAUUCAGAAGGAAUUCUCCGAGCAGGAACUCAGGAUGCUGGACAGUGAGGGCCGAGCACUGAUCACCCAGCACCGCAUAAUAAGCAGGGAUGAGAAGGAGGCCGUGCUGAGUGUUAUUAAUGUGUAUUGUCCCCGUGCCGACCCUGACAGAGACGAUCGCAAGCUCUACAAACUGAGGUUCUGUCAGCUCCUGCAGGCAAGAGCCGAGGCCCUGCUCCAGGCUGGGGGGCACGUGGUGGUGCUGGGAGACAUGAACACGUCACAUCGACCCAUAGACCAGAGUGACCCAAUGCUGGAGGGAUUUGACGACAAUCCCUGCCGUCAGUGGUUGAGAGGAUUCCUUGUGGGAGGAGUGGAGGUGGGAGGUGCAGCAAAAGGGAGUCUCUUUGUUGACGCUUUCCGCCAUCUCCACCCAGGCCUCAGCGGGGCCUUCACGUGCUGGCGAAACUCCACGGCCGCCCGCAAAACCAACUUCGGCUCCCGCAUCGAUUAUGUGCUGGUCAGCCAGGGCCUGGCAGAGGCCGGGCUGGUGGCCUGCGACCUGGAAGCAGAGAUUCAUGGUUCCGACCACUGCCCGGUGCGAGCAGUGCUGGCCUGUGGAGUCCUGGCCUCACCUCACCGCCCCGUGCUGUGUACCGCCCGCUGGCCGGAGUUCGCCGGCCGGCAACUCAGCCUCUCGCGCUUCCUGGUCCCCAUACGGCAGACGACAGGUUCUGAGAGCCUUGGUCCGGUCAGGAAAAGGAGAGCGACUGCCCAGCCCAGCUUGCUGCCGUUCCUGAGGUCAAUAGCAACCAGCGGUGAAAAGUACCUGGCAGGGACCAGCAAAGGCAGGGAGGGGGGAGGCCUGAGUGGAGGCUUGGUCUUACCCCAGGCCCAGGGCGAACCUCAGUCCCAAGAACAGCCCCAGGCGGCUAUAUGGAGGUUGUUGCUCCCUGGGCCCCCACGUGCCCCCCUGUGCCGGGGUCACCAGGAGCCAUGUGUGCUCAGGACGGUGAAGAAAGCCGGGCCGCAGCGGGGGCGACAGUUUUACACAUGUGGACGACCGCAGGGGGCAACCUCAGACCCCCGUUCUCAGUGCCGCACUUUCCUGUGGGUCAGCGGGAGGGUAAAGGGGGAAGGAGGUUCUGCGACGUAGCGUCACCAAGAGCCGAGGAGAGAGAAUUGUAACCCAUGUGCUUAUUACAAGUACCCUCAGAAAACAUGGGAUAUAUGUGACCUUGUCAGUGUGACUCCGUGUGUGUAUGUGUGAGACCCUGUGUGUGACUGCGUCCGUACCGAACAUACAGGAAGGUUGAGACACUUUGUUGUAUUUGCCAAGCUACUCCCCAUUCCACUUGUAUUUUGCACCAUAAAAACCUUGUUUUUUUAAUGUCUGCUGUAUAUUAAUAAAGAUACAAACCCUCAA